AUGAACAGACUGUGCCCUAGCAGGCCAACACAGCUGGAUCCCCAGAGCAUGUUCAUUCCCACUCCAGAGGUCAGCUUGAAGGGCAGGGUGAGGGGCACGGAGGAGGACGAAUGGCAGAGCCUUCGACUUCGACAUUUGCUCAGUACAACUUUGAAAGCUCUGGGUAAACCACCAGAUAUACAUUGGUUAGCAGAGAUGGAACCCUUCUCAAGGGGAAAAGGGGGCAAGAGACUUCAUCAGGGUCUCUUUGACAAAGAUUUACAGGCCGCGGGGGAGGAAAGCGACCAGCCUGACUCAGCCAAGCCCAGAAUCUACCCGCUAAAGCCACCCGCGAGGAGGCCAGCCGGGCCAGGGGAGGGGCCUGAUGGGCGGGAGCAUGUUGGAGGGAAGAAGAAGAGGGCGGAGCUGGGAGGAGCAAUCCGGGAAAAGCCGGAGAAGCCUCGGCCUUUCCCCGAGGGCAGCGCCGAGCCCCUCGGCGGAGAAGAAAGGGUCGGCGACCCUCGUCCCCCCGAGCGCGCUUCCGAGCCGCACCGCGUGUCCGCGGUGGUCCGGGACCGCGGGGCCCAGGCCCGGUGUUCCACCUCCACCAGAAAGUUCCAGCGGGAUGCGCUGGGCGUGAAAGCUACUGAUCUUCUUCUUGCCUGGAAUCCCAUUUGUUUGGGCUUGGUAGAAGGUGUUAUUGGGAAAAUUCAACUUCAUUCAGAUCUUCCAUGGUGGCUUAUUCUAAUUCGGCAGAAAGCACUGGUUGGCAAACUCCCAGGAGACCAUGAGGUCUGCAAGGUUACCAAAAUUGCUGUGUUAUCACUUUCUGACAUGGAACCCCAGGAUCUUGAGCUAGAGCUCUGUAAGAAGCAUCAUUUUGGAAUUAACAAACCAGAGAAGAUUAUACCGUCUCCUGAUGACUCAAAGUUUCUGCUGAAGACCUUUACGCAUAUUAAAUCCAAUGUGUCUGCUCCUAAUAAAAAGAAAGUUAAGGAAAGUAAAGAAAAGGAGAAGUUGGAGAGAAGAUUACUUGAAGAGUUGCUCAAGAUGUUCAUGGACUCAGAAUCCUUUUACUAUAGCUUGACCUAUGACCUGACCAAUUCCGUGCAAAGACAGAGCACUGGGGCGGGGGAUAGCCGGCCCCUCUGGCAGAAGGUUGAUGACCGAUUUUUUUGGAAUAAAUAUAUGAUACAAGAUCUCACUGAGAUUGGUACACCAGAUGUGGACUUUUGGAUUAUUCCCAUCAUCCAAGGUUUUGUGCAAAUUGAAGAACUUGUGGUUAAUUAUAAUGAGUCAUCUGAUGAUGAGAAAAGCAGCCCAGAGACCCCUCCUCAGGAGUCUACCUGUGUGGAUGACAUUCACCCACGAUUUCUAGUGGCUCUCAUUUCACGCCGAAGUAGACACAGAGCAGGCAUGCGGUAUAAACGAAGAGGAGUUGAUAAAAAUGGAAAUGUUGCAAACUAUGUGGAGACGGAGCAGUUAAUUCAUGUUCAUAACCAUACCUUGUCAUUUAUUCAAACACGAGGCUCUGUACCUGUUUUUUGGAGCCAGGUUGGAUAUCGAUAUAAUCCAAGACCUCGGCUGGACAAAAGUGAAAAAGAAACUGUUCCCUAUUUCCGUGCCCAUUUCGAAGAACAAUUGAAAAUUUACAAAAAACAGGUUAUUAUUAAUUUGGUAGACCAGGCAGGAAGAGAGAAAAUUAUUGGAGAUGCUUACCUGAAACAAGUGUUGCUCUUUAACAACUCAAAUCUUACUUAUGUUUCAUUUGACUUCCACGAGCACUGCCGAGGAAUGAAGUUUGAGAAUGUUCAAACACUAACAGAUGCCAUUCAUGACAUAAUUCUUGACAUGAAGUGGUGCUGGGUUGAUCAAGCUGGGGUAAUAUGUAAACAAGAAGGAAUUUUUCGCGUUAAUUGCAUGGACUGCCUGGAUCGUACCAAUGUGGUCCAAGCUGCUAUCGCACGAGUGGUCAUGGAACAGCAGCUGAAAAAAUUAGGUGUGAUGCCACCGGAGCAGCCACUCCCUGUGAAAUGUAAUCGGAUAUACCAGAUAAUGUGGGCCAACAAUGGUGACUCCAUUAGCAGACAGUAUGCAGGGACAGCUGCUCUGAAGGGUGACUUUACAAGGACAGGAGAAAGGAAGUUAGCAGGAGUUAUGAAAGAUGGAGUUAACUCAGCAAAUAGGUAUUACCUCAAUCGAUUUAAGGAUGCUUAUAGGCAAGCCGUUAUAGAUUUGAUGCAAGGCAUUCCAGUGACAGAAGAUCUUUAUUCCAUAUUUACCAAGGAGAAAGAGCAUGAAGCUUUGCAUAAAGAAAAUCAGAGAAGUCACCAGGAGUUAAUUAGCCAACUCUUACAAAGUUACAUGAAGUUACUACUGCCUGAUGAUGAAAAGUUCCAUGGGGGCUGGGCCCUCAUUGAUUGUGAUCCCAGCCUCAUUGAUGCUACUCACAGAGAUGUGGAUGUGCUGUUACUGCUUUCUAACUCUGCCUACUACGUGGCCUAUUAUGAUGAUGAAGUUGAUAAAGUAAACCAGUAUCAACGACUAAGUCUAGAAGACCUGGAAAAAAUAGAAAUAGGUCCUGAACCUACUCUUUUUGGUAAGCCAAAGUUCUCCUGCAUGCGAUUGCACUACAGAUACAAAAAAGCAAGUGGCUAUUUCCACACACUGAGAGCUGUAAUGCGCAAUCCAGAAGAGGACGGAAAAG